UUUACGGAUAUAAAUACUAGUAUUUGAGUAAAUGUACUUUCCACAGCUGAACCCUAGACAUUCCCUGCUGAAGGAAUUUUCAGGCUUUCAGUUUCCAGCAGACACAUCCUUUUUUGGAAGUGAUGACCUUCCAUAUAGGGCCGCCGUUUUGCGUGUUCCCGCAGCGUGGCGCUCUUUGAAUGAGCGCGUGGAGAAGCCGGGGACGCGGAGGGGCGGGGUUACACCUUUCAGUGGGAAAUCUCUGUUCAAAAAAUCCACCAACGUCCCUCGUAAGACUGCGUGGGUCUGUUGUUGCUUUCACUGCUCCUGAAGACACGAUAAAAGACAGUCUGGACAUGUUCUGCAGCGGCGGGACGUGGGUUUACUUUGGCUGACACAGAAGACGGUUCUGACCCACGGUGACUGAUCCAACCCACGGAGAGGAGAAAAAAAAAAAAGACGAAACAGCAGCAACAAGUAGUGCAGGUGGGACAAGCUGUGGACCCGGGAAGCAGACCAGAGUCUUCAGAUUCACCUGAGUGCGACCAGAGAGUUAAAGAUGUCUGUGGACACUUACUCCACGCUGGAUGAGUCUGCUCUCCGUGCUCUGCUGGAUGGAACUAUGGACCUAGAUGAGAGACGCCUCAUCCGUUCAGCCAUCCGGGAGCUGAGGAGGAGAGAGAUUGAGGAUAUGGAAGCUGCUCUAGCCAGCAAGAGGUUUCGACCCACACGACUGAAGCAGCAGGAGGACAAGGAGAACCAGCACAGGUCAGAGUCUAGUGAAACUUUAGAUCUUCUGUCACAGAAACUGAAAGUCAUCAAAGACAUUGACGAGCUCACGAAAAUGCUCCGUGCUGCCAGCGAGUAUGAGGAGAGGAAGAUGAUCAGAGCUGCCAUUCGACAAAUCAGAGACGAACAGGUGCAAGGGACUGUAGAGAAGGUUAAAGUUCCUGAGACUGUGGAUCUCCAGAGCAGUAUGGGAACAGGGGAGACGGAGCGGGACAGCCUGAGUGAGCGAGAGUGCAUCACAUCUCAGAUCCGUGAAUUGCGCAGCCAGCAGACUCAACAAGGACGAGAGCUGCAGAAAAUAGGUUCCAACUCAGGCAUGGUGUUGGUUCUAGAUCACCUGGUGAAGGAUGACGCCUCCAGGCCUUUACUGAUCCAGCCUGAGAGAGAAGCCGUGACCCCAGAGCCCGAUUUGGUCCUGUCCCAGCGUCCGAGGUCUGGUUCCACAGCCUCCGACCACAGUGUCACCUCAGUGCAUUCCAGGUCCAAUCUGGAUUCGGUGUCCUCAGAGAAGAGUCUGGGCUCCAGCUUCAGAGCCAGACUGGACUCUGGAGCCUCAGACAGGAGUCAGGGUUCGUCCCAGCGCAGCCGUCUGGACUCCGGAGCAUCAGAGCGAAGCGUCAGCUCCUUGUCCAAUGUCAGAAAGAGAGUGGACUCGGAUGUCUCUGAUUCAGGUGCUGGUCCCAGACCCCGCUUGGGUUCUGGGAUGUCAGACAGCAUAGAUAUGUUGUCAAGGAAACGGACUGACUCGGUAACAUCUGAUCAGAGUGCAAGUAUGUCUUCUGAGGACAGAGGCCCAGAGGCAGCCACCAGUGGGUCAGCUUACAGCACAGAUUCAGAAACCGAGAGCAGAAGCCAAGCUCCAGACAGUGUCCCGGCUCAGUCCAGUCAGGACUCCACCAACCAGGACCAGCCUGAUGGGGGUGUGCUGUCUCGCAAAGAUCCUAAAAAUGGCCUCUUGAACGGGAGCACCAAGGGGAAAACUGACUUCCUGAACCAAAAGAUGAUGGGAAACAAUGGUCUGACCCUCACCUAUGGCAAAACAAAGGAUUCUGCACCUGUGAAAAAAGAUGCUAUUUUGGAGCAGUUCAAUCGCACCAACUCUGUACGUGACCGGAUGCGUAAGUUCACAGAGACCAGUCAGAAUCAAAAUGUCCCAGCUUUGAAGAAUGGUCCUCUGAGAAAUGGGACCUCUUCCAACAUCAGUGGCCAGACAAAUCUGUCCAGAGCUGCUGAGCUGUUUACACACACAGCAGCAUCCAUCAGCACAUCUGGAGACAAGCCAGCAAGGCCACGUGUGGACUCCACAUCUCACACCUCUGCCGCCUCCUCCAGCACAGGAAGCACAUCCCAGAGUCAGGCCACACAUCAGCCAAGGGGUGUGACCAGCAAACCUCUGUCUUCAGUCGGCCAAUCCCAGAACUCCCUGGGUGGGACAAGACAUCCAGCUGAAAAGGAUGUGCACGCCUCGAGUAACUCAAAGGAAGACAGGACCCCAGGGAGAGAAGUUGGACAGCAGGUCACCCAGGGAGAGGCAGACCCGGACAUGAAGACUUUCCUCACCAUUGAGAUCAAGGAUGGGCGUACCACCACAUCCUCAACAUCAUCCCCCAGGGGCAACAUCGUACCCAUCACCACCAUGACGCCACGCCUCACCACUAACGCCAUGGGACAGAGAGCAGACUUGACCCUUGGCCUCAGAGCGACACCAUUCAAGAUCUCCCCAACCAACUUCUCCUCUGGAUCCUCCAUCAAGAUGGAGACAGAGCCCAUCGUUGCCUCUGAGCCGAUGUUUUCAGCUGGGCCGUCUGUCCAGGUGCCAUGCAGCGUCCCGGCCAUCCCCAACGGCUCUACCAAACCUGAGGAACACUCCGGAAAACUGACCGCUGAACAGCUGGCUGCUAUUGAGGAUGAAGAGCUGCUUGACAAAAUGCUUGAUGAGUCAAAAGACUUUGAAGAAAGGAAAAUGAUUCGUGCAGCCAUGAGAGAUCUUCGCAAGAGAAAGAGAGAGGCCAUGCUGGGAUGUACUCAAGAGGAAAUAGACCAGAGAGAGAAGGAGCGCGAGACCCGAUUGCAGGAGCUGCGGCAGCAGAGAGAAGAGCGUUCACAGAAAGGUCGCACAGGAGUCGGGGCAGGAGAGGUGGUGAUGAGGAAGGUGGAAAAGUCAGCAGAUGGAUCCACCCUCAGCCAAGUCACCAAAACAGACCGCUUUGCCCAGUCUGAUGAUGGCACCAGAUCAACACGAAGCACUGUUGUUGAGACCAGUUAUGUGCAGAAAACAGACAGAGGAACAGUCCAGUCAAAAUCAUACAGCUACUCCUCCUCCACCUCCUCUUCAUCCUCCUCUAACACAGGCAAAAAAGUGGGCAGUGUGUUUGAUCGAGAAGAUGACGCGUCCUCUCGCAGCGGUGGGCUAGCCGCUGUGGAGCGAAGACAGGCCGAGAGGCGUAAAGAGCUGAUGAGGGCUCAGACUUUGCCAAAGACCUCUGCCAUGCAGGCCCGCAAAGCCAUGAUAGAGAAGUUUGAGAAGGAGGGAGGAGGCCCUGGAAAUCAGGCGGUUGCCAAGGUCAACAAGGUGCAGCGUUCCACCAGCUUUGGUGUACCCAAUGCAAACUCCAUCAAACAAAUGCUGCUGGACUGGUGUCGUGCCAAGACCCGCUCCUAUGAGCAUGUGGAUAUUCAGAAUUUCUCAUCCAGCUGGAGCAAUGGCAUGGCAUUUUGUGCUCUGGUGCAUCAUUUCUUCCCAGAAGCCUUUGACUACAACUCCCUUAGCCCAAGCAACCGCAGGCAAAACUUUGAAUUGGCCUUCAGCAAUGCAGAGAAACUAGUGGACUGUCCUCAGCUGUUGGAUGUGGACGACAUGGUGAAGAUGCGUGAGCCGGAUUGGAAGUGUGUGUACACAUACCUACAGGAGUUCUACAGGGGUCUGGUGACGAAGGGCCUGGUUAAAACCAAAAACUCCUCCUAGAGUCGCACCCAUCUAAAACUGAGCCCAUGGACCUACGCCAACUGCAUGCCUUUGCUGGAAGUGGAAGACAUGAUGAUCAUGGGUAAUAAACCUGACUCCAAAUGUGUCUUCACCUACGUACAGUCUCUGGUCAACCACCUGCGCAGAUAUGAGAUGUCCAUGGGUCGUUCUGCUGACCUCUAACCUGUGCUCAGUGAGCACUUAGCCCUGCCCCCACCUUCGUCUUCUCCUGGUGACUGUCUCCACUCUAACAGACUGGGCAAUGAGUUGCACAUCUCUGAUGGACAAGUUGGGGAUUUUGUGUGUGUCAGUUUGCUUUAUUAUCUUUUUUGGCAGUGGUGAUGUGUAUCCACUAUUUCACUUCCCAUAUUCUCCAGCAAAAGACUUCCAAAGUGUUUAUGAGAGUAUUUUUAAGCUUUAAAAUUUUAAGUACAUACCAGUUUAACUCUUUUUGUACUCAAACUAAGCUUUGUACAUGACACUAAAUUUCAGACUAACUAGUCCCUACACUAGUUUGUACUCAGACACACCUUAAGAGAGAAAAGAAUUUUUAUCCUUUUAUUAUUUACAUAUCUCCACAUUUUCUUGGCUACACUUGAAGUAAUGUAGCUUUGCUGUUGUUUAUUCCACGAGAAGAAAAGAAAUGUUUAAUAAGCCACCUAAUGCACCUUUGCAUUAUUUGGUUUUCCUCUGGUACUUUUUACAAAACACUGAAGCAUUUUUACUAAGUUAUUACUCAUGUUGUUAAUUGAUGACUGAUGUCAGUUAACAAAUGACUAUUUAUUUCACAUGAAUGCAAUAUCAGUGUCUUUUUAGUACAAAGCUGAAUAAUCUCACCUUUCUAACAUGUACAGUGCUACUGAGAACAUGACAUUUUAUCUCUCUUGUGUUACUGUAUCAGGAUGUUAGUCUAACAUCAAAAUACUUGCAGUCUUUUGUGUAUUUUUCAGGUAGAAAACAAGAAGUGUGCUGUAGUCACUCAGGUGGCAUCACACAGUUGCUUUGUUUUGUUGAUUGAUCUUUUUUUGUGCCUGAUUAACCGCAGAUAUAAAAGUAUCACCAUGCAACGUCACUGUGUUACCCUGCCAAACAACACACACAGCUCUUUUAGUGGUCUCUUUAUUUAUGCUUGAAUAGGUUUUAAAAAAAAAAAAAAAAACAUUAUUUUUAUUAUGUUAGUGUGUACAUUAUGCUUUUAAGGUUUUGUUUAAUGUAAGUCAAUAAGCU